AGCAAUAGUCGCUAUUGAGAAUAAAUAUGACACAUAGGUUGUUUCGGAACACGUAUAAGCGAAAGUAAAGGUAAUUUUAGAGAAAAUAGUAGUCAUUUGCUAAGUUUAGGCUUAUAGGAAACGCCGUAGCUGCUUUUACUAGUGUCUUUACCUUGAACGGUACUUCCGUGUUGUGUCAUCGGGUGUAAAUAACUGUGGCCAUGUACGUGAUAUUGUAGCUAUAAGCCACUACACACAGGUGUAUUUUCUCUAAGAGGUCGAAAGCGGUUAAGUAUAUUGUGAAAACGCCAGGAGCUUGGGUCGGUCCCGGGAAUGAAGAGGAAAGCUAAAGCUAUGGGUGCAAUUCAGAGCUCUGGUUCAAUUGUGACCACUUCUUCAGCUGCAGGACCGUCAGACUCUCUUUCACAAGAGGAUCUGUUCCCUGUUAACCUGGAGGUCCUGGAGGAGAUCUUCCUGCAUCUUCCUCCCCAUCAGGUGGUUGUUGUGUGUCGGUUAGUGUGCCAUCAGUGGAAAGAAGUGGCUGACAGUGAGUCUUUGUGGAAAGAGAGAUGUCGACGAGAAGGAUAUCGCAUCCGCGAUGCUUCCAAAAUACCCAGAGACUGGAGGAUGUUUUAUUUCUUGUGCAAGAAGAGAAGAAAUCUUCUCAAGAACCCAAGUGGAGAACAUAAAAUGAAGAACUGGCAGAUACUGCAGAAUGGUGGUGAUAACUGGAAAGUAGAAGGAGUAAUGGUGGCACAUCCAAAUGAGAUAGUCAAGAAAAACUUUGUGACCUCUUACGGAAUGUGCAGGAAGGCUCAGCUGAUUGAUUUGGAGGUGGAAGGGUACAACGCAUCUUUCAUGGAUCACUUCCAGCCAGACAUCAAAAUAUCUGAUUGGUACGCACCACGGUGGGAUUGUGGCAGUGAGUAUGAGAUCUGUGUGGAGUUGCUGAAUCAAAGAAAGAAGCCUAUUCAGACGUUUUCUCCUGAGACUGUUUACUUCGAGCAGUGGAACGACCAGAAAUGGAAUCAGAUGACGCAUGUGUUCAAGAGCUAUGGACCAGGAGUGAGAUACAUCCGUUUUGUUCACGGAGGCAAGGACACGAUGUUCUGGGCAGGAUGGUAUGGGAUUCGUGUCACCGACAGCUCCGUUGAGAUAUGUCCAGCUAUGGACACGUAGCCCUGAAGAAUUCAUCUAAUGCCUGCUUCCUGCCUUUGCCUAAAAUUGCACCUUCUUUUUUGAAAUUGUCUUGUUUUCCUUAUAUAAUCUGCAACCAUUUUGAAUGUUGAAGUAAUAUUUAUUCGGGUAAAAUGCUACGAAUACUGUAUGUUCAUCAUUUUGUUCUGACAUGUCAUUUUCAAAGCACUCUCAAUGCUGCACCUUAAGAAGUUUGUUAGUCUCACACACUUUGGUGUUUAUAAGGGUCUGGGUUAAAGGAGUGCUGAACAGCAGAACUGUUACAUUUUUGUCCUGAAACAAAUGGAAUUGAAAAUGUAAAAUAACCCUAAAUUGUUAGUUUCAGAAAAUCGAAAUCACCCUAAAAUACCAUUUAAAUCAGGGGUGUCAAACUCUGGCCCGCGGGCAAUACCAAAUCAUUAUAUUAUUAUUGUAAAUCAAUGACAUUGAUGUGUUUUUUAUUUGAAAUUUGAUUUUGCAUGUCUGCACUAUUUAGUUAUAUAUUGUAUGUUUAUAAGCGUUGCUGGUUCCAUAUUUAAUGUUAAAGCAAAACAUGUUUGGUAUAUAUUAAAAGGUUUAUUUGUUCAAUGUUGGCCCACGAUUUUAUUCAAGUUUUAAAUUUUGGCACAUUGUGUAUUUGAGUUUGACACCCCUGAUUUAAAUAGUUUAGUUAGAUAAUAGUAAUAUCAUUUAUUAGACUUAAAUAUACCUGUAACAGCAUGUGGAUAAAAAGUAUGUUAAUGGGUAAUUAUCCACUUCUUCUCUAGGAGCAUUACACACACAUUUUUGCAAUGAGGUAAGUUUCAUUACCAUUAUGGUCCCCGAGAACAUUUUUGGUUUUGGUUCUAAAAGAUGCGAACAACAAACCAAACCAUUAGCCCCCUCAUGACAUAUUGCUGUUGGCUACUUAACUGACAUCUCACAAUGCGUUUUAAUUUUACAAAACAGUAAAUCACCUUCCAGUCAACAGUCAAAACAUACAACUUUACUUGCUUACUUACAUACUUGAAUAUGUCUGAAUUUUUGUUUUGAAUGCCAUGUGAUUAUGGAAGUCCUUAGAACAAGACGCCUUACAGUACCAAGGCAGCUUUGCAGAGCACUCUUUAAGAGAAAUAUGUCUUGUGUUUGUCUGCUUUUCAGUCAUAUUCAAUGAAACCUGGCUAAUAAUGUGGUUAUAUAAUGGCAUAAGCAGUUACUAAAGUAUUUUUAUAAAAAGGUUGGCAUAACCACUGGCUAAUAAUGUGGUUAUAUAAUGGCAUAAGCAGUUACUAAAGUAUUUUUAUAAAAAGGUUGAAUACUAGGGAUUCUGCCUAUACAUGCUAUUGUAACAGCAGCACUACAAUGACUAACAGGCUUUAAUGGAAGUACUAAUCCUUUUUUGUGCUCUGUAAGUUAUGCUGAACGAUUGUAUCAGUCAUCUGUGGCAAAUGUAUACACUUUCACAACCUUUUAUGUAACCAAGUCAGACAACAAAGUAGUAUUUGAAGUUAGGGUUAUUCAUAAUACUGGUUUAUUGUUAUGCUUUUAUCACAAGCAAGAUACAGUACAAUUGUGAUGUCAAAUUGAAUAAAAACCAAAGAAUCAAAGAAA